CACCGCGGAAUUUUUCAUUCCACGUACCGGUGCGGUCUGGAAACCAAACUGCCCGUCUGAAGUACAACGGAGAUGAGACUUCAUGCCUGGAAAGAGCCAAAUCGGCAUUAGGACAGCGGCAUAUCUGCACCACAGUGGGCAAUUUCCCUAGCACCCCUUGGCCAUUACACAAUUUUGCAUGGAACUUUGAGCCGUGUGGUGCCAGAAACAAGUAUCCAUAGACAUUUAUUUGGCUGCAAAAUGCGAUCAUGUCGAAUACGCGUGACAAGUAGCGCGGUUGUUCCGAGACUAUGGAAGCGCUCGCGUACGAGAUUGACGCAGCAGCAAGCAGCCAGCAGGAGAUGGAUGGGCCGAGUACCGAAUUCGUGAUAGCGAUGAACGCGUCAAAUUUGGUUCAUGAGCCGGCUGGUGGUGGCUGUCAUCAACGUCGCAAAAGGCAAAAGAGGCACAGCGGGCCAACAAGCGUUCUUGCAUGCGAUUUAAGCGCCCAUGUGGGAUUCGAAACAUGCCACUACAUCGAGGCUGUCCAUGCCAGGCAAUUCAUGUAGCCUUGGGUCCGGUUUGUCGUAUAAGGCUAAGAAACUGAGGAUCAGAGCCUUGGGUGCCAUUGUCUCCUUAAGGCUAUGCCAUGGGUAUGAGAGAGCCUUGGGUCGUCAGAAAGGCCGCACUAAGAGUGGAAAGGCUGACCUGGAGAUCGACGAAGAACUGGCCGGGGGCGCAGGCAAGAGACGGUCACGGCAUAGGCCAAUCGACCGCAAGCGGCCAAGUCGCAAUGCACUGUGCGCGGGAGAGCGUCUGCAAGCGGCUAUGGAGACAGCAGACGUCGUUGUUGGUUUGAGUCAGAGAACAUCUGCUGUUGAUAACAUCUCUUCAUCUCUUCAUCUCUUCACAGCGGCUCAAACCAACAGAACGGGUCUAAUGCGCCAAUGGGAGAAGUUUUCACACAAGGGUUGACGCGCGCGUAGUAAGCAGGUACG